AUGAAAUCACAAAUAUUUUAAAAUGGACUGUUUGGAGUAUUUGCAAUAGGAUUCAGUUACGGAAUCUACAAAAUGUUUAGAGGGGUAGUGUGAGUAUUAAGUAUCUUUAGAUUACAAAGACAGAAUUUCGUGAGAGUAUAAAAAAAUAAAUAAUACAUUGUUACAAUGUAAGUGCAAAUCAAGGGUUUAUUGAACCAUUUGAUAUUUUAUAGACAUUUUCAAAAAAUGAAUAAGGAAUAGAAUUUCACAUAAAAUUAGUAAAAUCUUUAUCUAAGAAGCCUGUUGAUCAUUAAUAAAAUGUAAGUAUAAAUAUUAUUAUAGAUUAAUCCUUUAAUUGAACCUUUCUAGCCAGGAUAGUUAGUGAUGAAGCUUUAAAAAUAUAAUAUAUUAUUGAAUAAAUAUCCUGUUAAUCCAUAUCAUAUAUUAUUAGUACCAUAAUAAUUUAUUCAUUAAACAGAGAAAUUUAGCAAAGAUUAUUUAAGUUUAGCAUAUGAUGUGUUAUGUGCAUUAGAAGGUUUUGCUUUUUUUAAUUCUCAUAAUGAGGCAGGUGCUUCUUUAGAGCAUAAACAUAUUUAAAUAGUACCGAAAUCAGCAUUUUAAAGUGCAAAUAUAUUAAAUCAUAUAAAAGAAUAAUAGUUUGACAGAAGUAUAAAUAAUAGAGCUAAAUUUAUAAAGUUAAGAUAUUUAAAAAGAAUUAAACAUUUUGUCUCAUUUUUUAAUUAAGAUUUAUUAUAAAAUAAAAAUUGCAAUGAGUCAGUGUAAUAGAAUUUAAUUUAUGAAACUUAUGAAUAGUUAUUAAAUAAGUGUCGAGUGGAGGAUAUUAUGGAAUUUAAACAUAAUUUAAUUAUGACUUAAGAGUUUAUGAUGAUUGUAGUUAGAAAAUAAUCAAAGUUCAAUGGAGUAUCAUUCAAUGCUGUAGGAUAUACAGGUUCAUUGUUGGCUAAAAAUGAGUAGGAAUGUGAAAAAUUAAAAUAAACUAAAAUAAUUGAGAUUAUGGAAAAUCUAGCAGAACCUGAUGAUGGUACUUAUUCUGAUGUUGAUGAAUUUUGA